AUGGUGGAGGGGCAGGGAGAUAACCAGUGUGGAUGCAAACCAGUUUCAUGUCAGGGCAAUGAAGAGCUCUGCUCUGAUGACAAAUGUACGAAGUGCGAGGCGCCUUGCCCCCCCGGAUGUAAGGGCUGCGAAGUUAAAUGCAAGGAGGUAAAACAACCUGGAACAUGCAAAUGUUGUACUCCCCGCUGUGGUUGUGAGGAAGAUUGUUAUGCAAGCGGCAAAGAUGGCAAGUGUCAAGAAAAGAAUAAAAUUGAUUGCAAGCGAUGCAUCAUAAGAUGCGAAGAUGGGAAACCAUGUCUAUGUCAUUAUUGUAGUUGCGGAACGAAAUGUAACGGCGUAAUUUGCAGCUGCUGUAGCUGGUGUGAUCCUAGUAAUUGUUCUGGAGGGCCUUGCAACGGCUACGUACUCGGCAGAUGCAAAGACAAAUAUCCAGAGACUACUGAAUGCAGAGGACACGUCAAAUACGACAAUUACGACAAAAACGGCACAUACGGUGCUGUAUACAAGCGCGAUACCGAAAAUGUAAUCCCGUGCGAUGGAAAACCUCACAAAGGCAAGGACUGUACUGACAACAACUGCAAUUGGAUUUGUGCAGACGAGAUCAAAGAUGGUAAUUGCGUCCUCAAAUGCACCUACUGUGGCAAACUAUGCGGACAAGAUAACUUUAGGCGCUGCUGCACCAUAGCGAUUCCCUUGGUUAUCAUUGUGUUAGUAUUCCUUAUUUUCCGAUUCAUGCUUCCCGAGAAGUUCCAGGCGGUGAUGAGUACAAUACGUGCUGCAUUUCCCAGUUCUCCUAGGCACCCCGGCAAAUCCCCGAUUAAUCUCGUCGGUGACAAAAUUUUUGAGGAGGGUAAGAUUGACCGCUAUCCCGCCUUCCGUCCAAGGCCAUACACUGGCUUGGCGUAG